AUGGAUGGGCUCUGUGGCGGACCCUGGCAACAUGCCCCAUACCUGGGAGUCUGUGAGAAGCUUCAGUGGUCACACACUGGCAGGAAGAGAGGCACAGGGAGAGAGCGAUGAAGGAGCAAUAUUAGAUUGCUGUAUUGAGUAAUGAAGAUAGAAAGGAAUUGAGUAUGGCAAAGGGACAGAAUGUGACACAGUGAACUGAUUGAGAAAUGUGAUAUGGGGUGAGGAUCGACAAUGAAGAGGUUAAAGGGGCCACUCAGGGUUGAGAGAGAGAGAGAGAGAGAGAGAGAAACAGGACAGCAAGGGAGGGGUACUUGACCUUUAAGAGCCCUCUGUGUGAAACCUCAAUUUAUUCUCAAUUAAUUCUCUAUUCAGCUGUGCUUUAUUGCCAUGCAUAAGUUUCAGAAAUUUUGUCAAGGACAGCUAAAAAUAACACAACCCUCUUUCAACAACAAUGAAAUGCCAAUGAUCCUUAACAAUGGAACGCCUGCCUUGCAUUAUUGCUCAUUGAGCACCCACAGUCACCAUCGGUUGAAUUUUAUGAAAUGAUGAUAAUAUGUGGAGACUCGUGAAAUUAAGUAGGUAAUUUUACAUUGUUGGUAUUUAACAAAGUGAGUCAGUACACUCUGGCUAUCUGAGGGUAUCCAUUGUCCUCCUGCUAAGUGGCCUCUCCUCUGACAGUGGCCAGGCAGCAUUACAGUGUUAUGGCCUUGAACAGAGCAGGGAGCUGAGCUGACUCACACACUCAGCAGUAGCUGGUCAGUCCUCAGUGAACAGACUUCCAAGCUAGGACUUAUUGAAUAGUAAGCACUGUGGAGGGAAGAGGAGAGGACAUCAGGGCUACAGAGAAAAUGUACGGAGUUUCAAAAUCUUAAGUCUAAAGUCAGUUUUAAGCAUAUCCAUUAUAAAACGGCUAAUUAGGAAAUAUGCAUACUGUGCCAUAUUCCACAAAUAAGAACUCAUGUAUACACAGACAUUAUAUUACUUCUCACUAACUCACAGACUGUCUCAUCUACUUUGUAUUAUCUGAGCACUGUUACUGCUUCAUACAGUUGAACUGGUGGUCCUAUUUGUGGUAGAGGAUGUCAGUAUUCUCUCAGCAGAGGGUCUCUGAAUCAGCACUGAGACUCCGUAACAAUGCCAUAGCCAAGGGUCAUACAAAGACCUAAAACAGACAGCACAAUACUCCUCUGGAGCUGUGUCACUGUGACGAUGUCACUGUGACUGCACUGUAAACUCUCAUUCCACAGAAUAAGGCAUCCAUCAUAAAGCUCUGUCUCCAACAGCUUUGCCUGCGCUUUCUUAAGGCUGCUACACAACGUCUUCCAUUGAAUCAUUUUUCUCAUCACUUCUUUUUGCUACAAUGCCAUGGCAGCCAGCAGUGAGGCAAUGUUUCCAGGGCAACAGAGGCACCUCACGCCUCCAGACCCCCACAACAAGAUCAGAACAGAUAUGGAACAAAGAGUCUUACUCUGUGUGUGUGCACGUGCACACAUGCAUACAUGUGUGUUUAUAGAAGCGUGUGGGUUAACGUAAGAGACGGGUGAGGGUGAGGUCACUCUCGGACUUGACAUGCACCACGAGCACUGGGUCAUGCAGGAGCAGUGAGUGGGUCCAGAGCCAAGCCUGUGGUUGUUGCUUGUACUGUAUGUUGCUGUCACGGGAAGAUAGAGAUAGUGUAUCUCUCUACAGGUAGCAAUCACUCAAGUCUCAAUCCUCUCUCCUGAAUCUCCCUCCAACUUCCACGCUCCUUUCAAUCUCUCUCCCUCUUCUUCCCUCUUUCUUGCUCUUUUUUGAUGUCCCUGUUCUCAAGGACACUUACAGUGCCUUGCAAAAGUAUUCACCCCCCUUGGCGUUUUUCCUAUUUUGUUGCAUUACAACCUGUAAUUUAAAUGGAUUUUUAUUUGGAUUUCAUGUAAUGGACAUACACAAAAUAGUCCAAAUUGGUCAAGUGAAAUGAAAAAUAUAACGGAAAAGUGGUGUGUGCAUAUGUAUUCACCCCCUUUGCUAUGAAGCCCCUAAAUAAGAUCUGGUGCAACACAUUACCUUCAGAAGUCACAUAAUUAGUUAAAUAAAGUCCACCUGUGUGCAAUCUAAGUGUCACAUGAUCUCAGUAUAUAUAUAUACACCUGUUCUGAAAGGCUGCAACACCACUAAGCAAGGGGCACCACCAAGCAAGCGGCACCAUGAAGACCAAGGAGCUCUCCAAACAGGUCAGGGACAAAGUUGUGGAGAAGUACAGAUCAGGGUUGGGUUAUAAAAAAAUAUCAGAAACUUUGAACAUCCCACGGAGCACCAUUAAAUCCAUUAUUAAAAAAUGGAAAGAAUAUGGCACCACAACAAACCUGCCAAGAGAGGGCCGCCCACCAAAACUCACGGACCAGGCAAGGAGGGCAUUAAUCAGAGAGGCAACAAAGAGACCAAAGAUAACCCUGAAGGAGCUCCAAAGCGGAGGUUGGAGUAUCUGUCCAUAGGACCACUUUAAGCCGUACACUCCACAGAGCUGGGCUUUACAGAAGAGUGGCCAGAAAAAAGCCAUUGCUUAAAGAUAAAAAUAAGCAAACACAUUUGGUGUUCGCCAAAAGGCAUGUGGGAGACUCCCCAAACUUAUGGAAGAAGGUACUCUGGUCAGAUGAGACUAAAAUUGAGCUUUUUGGCCAUCAAGGAAAACGCCAAUUUCUGGUGCAAACCCAACACCUCUCAUCAACCCGACAACACCAUCCCCACAGUGAAGCAUGGUGGUGGCAUUAUCAAGCUGUGGGGAUGUUUUUCAUCGGCAGGGACUGGUAAAUUGGUCAGAAUUGAAGGCGCUAAAUACAGGGAAAUUCUUGAAGGACCCCUGUUUCAGACUUCCAGAGAUUUGAGACUGGGACGGAGGUUCACCUUCCAGCAGGACAAUGACCCUAAGCAUACUGCUAAAGCAACACUCGAGUGGUUUAAGGGGAACCAUUUAAAUGUCUUGGAAUGGCCUAGUCAAAGCCCAGACCUCAAUCCAAUUGAGAAUCUGUGGUAUGACUUAAAGAUUGCUGUACACCAGCGGAACCCAUCCAACUUGAAGGAGCUGGAGCAGUGUUGCCCUGAAGAAUGGGCAAAAAUCCCAUUGGCUAGAUGUGCCAAGCUUAUAGAGAUACCCCAAGAGACUUGCAGCUGUAAUUGCUUUAAAAGGUGGCUCUACAAAGUAUUGACUUUGGGGGGGUGAAUAGUUAUGCACGCUCAAGUUUUCUGUUUUUUAGUCUUAUUUCUUGUUUGUUUCACAAUAAAAAAUAUUUUGCAUCUUCAAAGUGGUAGGCAUGUUGUGUAAAUCAAAUGAUAGAAACCCCCAAAGAAUCAAUUUUAAUUCCAGGUUGUAAGGCAACAAAAUAGGAAAAAUGCCAAGGGGGGUGAAUACUUCCGCAGUUUUAAGGAACAAAUGCAAUGCUAGCUGGUGAAUAUGUAAUCUAAAAUUAUUUUUUUCUAAUUGGGAACAAAGCAAGGCAUCAUUGGAGCUUUAGCUCUACGCCCACACAUGAAAUCUCAGUGCCUAUAAUUGAAUCUGAAGCUGAGGCAGCAGCAUCCAGCAGCAGCAGCAGUCUGCCAUAGCCACCUGUUUUGUUCAGUGGAGCUAGGCUGUUCGACUGCCAUUGUGUACUUUACUGAUCUCUUCUUCCUGAGUAUUAGUGUGUGUGGUAUGGUGUUGUUCUCUGUCUUUUUUGGGAUGGUUCCCAAGCUUUUUGGAAGCAUUUUGGCAAGCCCAGGCUGGCCCAUUUGUAAACAUUGAAAUGUUUGUGGCUCAACAGUCUUUUCUGUAUGUUAGUCUUUCCUUGUCUUUCUGUACAUUUGAUUCAGUGAGCGUUACACACAUCUCUGCUGAAUCGCACAAAGAAGCAGUCCAGUCUAUACUGUUGGUAGUCAUGGAAACCUGAAGUCUCCUCUUUGGUGAAAGCCAUAGUGCCAAAGUUAAUAGAGUACAGACACUGAUACACCCCUUACCAAUAGCGCAAACAUUGUAAUUACAACAGGUGUUACUGCACAACCAUAUAUCUAUGUAGGGGGUAAAUCCAUUUUAAUUCAAUCACUAUUUGACAGCAUCCCUUUUGACUUAAACAGAACUUACCAUACAUGUUUGCCCAUGGAAGAAGUGGUCAGAAAGUUGACCCAUUUUGCAUACCCCACCAUACCAUGAGACAUGCAUCUCUUCAUCACUGGAAAAGAUAAAUGGUUGAGUUUGAUAUAAUUUAAACGCUUACAAACACGGUUGUCAAACUAUUGGUAAAGAAAUUGGGGGGAAAUCAUACUUUUCUUUACCUUUCUUUACCUUUACCUACGUCAAUGAUCUAAAAACGCGUAGACUCUACUUUACAUCAUCUGAGGUUUUUGUGUUGUGCCACCAUCAGUUCAGACACAUCAUGCUCUGGAAUACAGGGUGGGUGUCAUUUCAAUCAUAGAAAUAUAUUUAAUAGAAUGGACCUAUCCCUUCAGACCACUGCAAUUUAGCUGGUACACCAUUGAAAUUGAAUUUACAUUUUUACUUAUAAUUACUACCAAAAUGAUGGCCGCCGGUCCAACCACCUUCGAAUGUCAACUUAAAUGGUCAUGUCUAUUCUAUUAUCUAUAUUUCUAUGAUUUCAAUAGGCUUCCUAUGGUCCAGUGUAGCUCAGUUGGUAGAGCAUGGCGCUUGCAACGCCAGGGUUGUGGGUUUGAUUCCCACGGGGGACCAGUAUGAAAAUGUAUGCACUCACUAACUGUAAGUUGCUCUGGAUAAGAGUGUCUGCUAAAUGACUAAAAUGUAAGCAAUUUGGGUAAAAAAAAUGGAUUUUCACAUAGUCAAAUGAAUUUAUUGUGUUAGAGGUUUCAUGAUGCUUGUAUCUAACUGAAGUAGAUCAUUUUAAGAUUGUUCUAUACAUCAGUUUGGGUCUCUAUAAGCUUGAAUAUGAGGUCCUAAAACUAGCAUGAAAGUGCAUCCUUGUAGCUGUGUGGGCUAAUAUAGUCAAAAUGUUUGCCUUGGGGUAAGUUGAGCCAAUGGAAAGUGUUUUUAUGUGUUUUCUUCCCAGGCGUAAUGCAAGGCAUUAUCGCUGGGAUAUGAGGUAACAACAGGCCUGGCCUAUGUUAAAAUAAAAAUACAAAGUGUUUGUUUGGUGUUAAGCUUGUGUUAAAGGAUGCUUAAAUUAUUAAAAGACAAAAAAGCGAUUGUGUUGAAUUGUGUUUGCGAAAUAAAGAUAGACAUGUAAAAACUGUAGUGUUUACAUGAAUUCUGAUUAUUUCCAGGGAUACACAAAAUCUUGAAAUAUAUGGAGAUAUCUUUUGUUAGGAAGAAUACUAUAUUUCCCUUGACGGAGUGAUGCUGAAUGUAAAAAAUGGCUCAAUUUACCCCACUCUCCCCUAUGGAAGGUUUCAUCAAAUCAAAAGGGUUGCUGUCAAAAAGUGAUUGAAUUCAAAUUGAUUUACCCUUCCUACAUUGUUGCUCUCUGUGAGCGCUGUAUUGUAUUGUGAUUGCAUAAUUGCCAGCAUAUUAUGGUUGAGUCACUGUGUAACAUUAUUUGGUGAUUGUCCCUUUCUUUCUACAUGUCAUCUCUGGUCUUUGUCAGCAGAGUGCCUUAGCCCUACUGCAGAGACUCUCUCUUUUCAUCUAUAAGUUCUGGUCCCCAGAGAGGCCUAAAGAUAGAAGCACAUCCUCUGUUCUGUCCUCAGAGACAGGCCUGAGAGGGAGAGGGAGAUGAGGUCUUUGGGAGGAAAGAGGAAGUCAAAGAGCAUGAACAGGUAGAGAUGGAAAGUGGUUUUAGGCUGAAGCAGGGGAAUAUGGGAGAUGGAGAAUCUGCUAUACUGUGAGAACAAACUCUAAUUCUGUUCAAUUAGAUAUGCUCCUAAUGAAUUGGGCUUUGUUUUGUUUUGGAUAGUUUUUGUUUGGGAAUAUGGUAGCUGAACAGACUUGACAAGCACCAAAUCACAAAUGUAACAUCUGAUAAACAUAAUUAUUGUGUGCCAUUCUGUGUCUGGUAGGGUAGGCAUAAUAAAUCAUAUUUUUCAGUAGGUUUGUGUUUUGUGUGUGUAUAUAUAAAGACCAAGGGAAAGAGUAAAGGCCGAGAGGGGCUAAGACAACAAGGAGGCUUUCUUCACAGCCGACACAAUACCUUGAACGACACAAAAGCUUUAAAAUCAAAAACUGUCAUAAAGUAAAAUACCAAGGUAAAUGUCAGUAUCUCUAUUCCUGGGAAUCACCACAAUGCCUGUGUGUUAUGAAUGCACUAUUGAUUCACACCCUCACUGCUUUUAUCUCCUCUCUCCAGGUGUCGACUGCUUCCUGAAGAGCAGUGUGUUGGUGUCUCAGGGGGACAGGGAUCUGGGAACCAGGAGCUGUAGGAGCUACAGGAGCUACAGGGCCCAUGCUGUCUAUCUGCUCCUCUGUUCCCCUGUGAGGCUGUCUUUGUGUCAGGGAUCGAGAGGUGGACACACACUUACAGCCAAGAACUGGCUAACAGCGGGACUAAACCACUCUGAAGGGCACUGGAGGGCCACUGGGCAGAAGGUUGGCAUCUGGCUGGCAGAGAGCGGGCACUGUGGUGGGCAAGCAACGCAGCAUUGAGAUUACAGAUUAGGAGAUUAGAGAGAACAGCAGGUCAGGGCACAUUAUCCUGACAAAAUCUGUACUUCCACCAACACCACACCGCAGAAUUCAAUUAAACCCUACAGCUCCUGCUACUGACAGGCAGUGGCCCAUCCUCACACACACAUACACAUAUACACAAAGAAUCUCCACUGUUUGACAGCUACUGAGCUCCCCCAUCCCUUCCCUCCUGUCCUGUUUGACGAUCAGCACCAGAUGGAGUGAUGGGACUUUUUUUCAAUCCAGUCACUCAUUGCCUCACGGUUCCUUGGAGAUCAUUCAUUGGUAAGCCGUUUUAAGGUUGUCAUAUCUACUUUUCUUAAGACUCUGGGGCAAUCCCCUUUGUCAUUAAGGUCAGAAUGCUUUGAUUACUUUGGGGGUUUUACUAUAUUCUGUUUUUAAUCUGGCUGAAAACCACUGGAAUUUAGACAGACAGAACCUGGACCCAGAGCAUUAGGAGGGCUGGUAGAUGCUCAGUCUGCCAACACAGGGACACACACCACUCACAACCUAAAUAAGAACAAGACUACAGGGCACCAGGCCCUAUGUUUCAGGGGAGAAGAACACAAGGUCCUGAGUAGCUCUGCUAGUCUCAGAAUCUCUGAAGUGGUUCUACUGACAGAAAAAAAGCUUGAGCGAGACAGGGGCAUAGAGGUGAAAAGGAAGGAGAAGAGAGAGCAAGAGAAAGGGAGGUGGGGAGACGUGUUAUUUGUUCAGGAUGACUAGAGACUCGAUGGAGCUUCUUUCAUACCAGCCUGCCAGCAGUCUCCACCUUCUUCCACCCUCUUUCUCCCAUCUAGCUUGCUAGAGCAAAUCACUCAGAAGACUGCUUCAGCACUUCACAGAGGACUCCAAACGCAAGGGGCGGUCUAAUCACAUGGACGACUGAGAUGACACUAAUUACUCAGUACCUGACUUUUACCAUGGAUAUCACUGUAGAUGGAGACGACUGCUAACCAAGGUUAACACAGCGUGAUAGGCUCUGACAGAUUCUCAGACUCUAACCGUGUACAAUUUGUGCAAGAGUUCGUCAGUUCCCAUCCAGGACUUGAGCAGUGCUGUGUGUGGAGAGCCAGGACUGGGUGGAAGGUGUGAAGAGCGGCAGCCACGUGUGGAGAGACAGAGAGUGAGGGGAGCAACACACAACUCUGAGAGAAACUGUUUAGUGUGAGACACUGAGAGACGCACUGUGGUGCGGCGGCUCUCCCUCUCUCUGUUUGACAGGCUGGAAGAGUGUUCUCUCUGAGCCAGCGUGAGCCAGCCUGAACACUGAGUGGAGCUGAGGCCAGUAGGGUGGGGACAGUGGCAGGGAGUGGUGCAUGGCAUUGGGGGGGCCGGGUGCCGUCCGUCACCCAGCACCGGGAGGGGCGCUGGGGUUGGGGCUGGGUGUGGGGCGGACCUGUAGGGGCGAGGGGCCAGAGGUCAGGGAAGCUGAGGCCCUGGUUGACAGGCGGGGCCAACGUGGAGUGGGGGGGUCGGCCGGGGGCUAGCGGCAGUGGAGGAGGGGGCAUGCGGUGCUCACUGAGGGUGUGGGUUCUGCUGGGCUCCCUGGGCCUGGUCUUUCUCACCUCCGUCUUCUUCUCCAUCUCCCUGAGGGGGGGCGUCAGCCUGCCCUACCUGGACCCACCUGGAUGGGAGGAGUCCCGCCGAGUCAAACUAGUGCCCAACUACGCUGGUGCCCACCAGCUAGGCCCUCUAGAGGGCAUCCAGCAGGAGAAGACAUGUGCCUGCCCCCGCUGUGUGGGGGACCCUGGGGUGUCGGACUGGUUCGAUGAGAACUACGACGCGGACAUCUCCCCCGUGUGGACACGGGAUAACAUCCAGUUGCCUUCAGACGUCUACUAUUGGUGGGUGGUAAGUGAUCCAGUUGAACACCAUCUAUUUCUACUCCAUUUUACCCAUCUUCUUUCGUUCUCAUGGUCUCCAUGGAAAGAAUGAGAGCAGCUCUGACAAUGAUAUUAAAAGAAGGAAAGCACUGGGUGAGUCUGUUAAAGAGGACAUUGAGUAAUGUCUGAAAAUUGAAAUUAACAAGUCAGACAGAGCUGUAAAAGUUCCUGGAAGUUCUGUUUGAAUUACUGUCAGGAAAGCAAGCCUAUGUGAUUACUUGGCCAAAAAAGGUUGUUAUUUCUAACACUAACGUAGAGGAGGGGUGGGUUUGUGUGAGUUCAGAGGUUUAGCCUAUUUAGUGUCACGUCCUUGAGUUGCUGGCUUUAUAUAUAUCCCACUAGAUAAUUAGGUGAGAUUGUAAACAGAGGAAGACCAGCCAGUGCCAAGCCAGUAAGUGGUGUAAAGUAAACGAGAUUAGAGAGAAGAGGAGCAAAUUAGGUAGGGAAAGGUGAAGGAGUGCAUAGAUUAGGAUUAAUGCAUCUCCUGUCAAGAGUCUGCACUUUUGAGUUGGUUAGAAGAUAUUGUUUUAGGAACAUAUCUCUCAUGGAAUUGGCUAGUCUUUGAGCAGAGUGCAGGCCCCUUACACUCUCAGAAAAAAGGUUACAGUUAGGGUACAGUAUUGUUCCCGGUGGUACAAAAAUAUUAAAAUACACAUAAUGUACCUUCAGAGGUGCACAUAUAAUCUCUGUUCGGUGCCUUUUAGAGUACAUGUGUGGAUAAUCUAGUAUAAUGGUUCACUUUAGUACCCAAUAUUUUGAAUAUAAAGGUACAGUGCAUUUGUAAAGUAUUCAGACCCCUUCACUUUUUCCACAUUUUGUUAUGUUACAGCCUUAUUCUAAAAUGUAUUAAGUUGUUUUUUCCCCUCAUCAAUCUACACACAAUACCCCAUAAUGACAAAGCAAAAACAGGUUUUUAGAUUUUUUUUCAAAUGUAUAAAAAUAAAAACGGAAAUAUCACAUUACAUAAGUAUUCAAACCCUUUACUCACCUUUGGCAGCUAUUACAGCCUUGAGUCUUAUUGGGUAUGACGCUACAAGCUUGGCACACCUACAUUUGGGGAGUUUCUCCCAUUCUUCUCUGCAGAUCCUCUCAAGCUCUGUCAGGUUGGAUGGGGAGCGUCGCUGCACAGCUAUUUUCAGGUCUCUCCAGAGAUGUUCGAUCGGGUUCAAGUCUGGGCUCUGGCUGGGCCACUCAAGGACAUUCAGAGACUUGCCCAGAAGCCACUCCUGCGUUUUCUUGGCUGUGUGCUUAGGGUCGUUGUCCUGUUGGAAGGUGAACCUUCGCCCCAGUCUGAGGUCAAUUGAAUUUACCACAGGUGGACUCCAAUCAAGUUGUAAAAACAUCUCAAGGAUGGUCAAUGGAAACAGGAUGCACCUGAGCUCAAUUUUGAGGGUCUGAAUACUUACACUACCGGUCAAAAGGUUUAGAACACCUGCUCAUUCAAGGGUUUUUCUUUAUUUUUACUAUUUUCUACGUUGUAGAAUAAUAGUGAAGACAUCAAAACUAUGAAAUAACACAUAUGGAAUCAUGUAGUAACCAAAAAAGUGUUAAACAAAUAUAUAUUUUAUAUUUGAGAUUCUUCAAAUAGCCACCCUUUGCACACUCUUGGCAUUCUCUCAACCAGCUUCAUGAGGCAGUCACCUGGAAUGCAUUUCAAUUAACAGGUGUUCCUUCUUAAAAGUUCAUUUGUGGAAUUUCUUUCCUUCUUAAUACGUUUGAGCCAAUCAGUUGUGUUAAACCCCUACAACUUAUCCAGAACGCUGCAGCCCGUCUGGUGUUGGACCAUCCCAAGUUCUCUCAUGUCACCCCGCUCCUCCGCACACUCCACUGGCUUCCAGUUGAGGCUCGCAUCUACGAGUUGGUGCUUGCCUACGGAGCUGUGAGGGGAACGGCACCUCCUUACCUUCAGGCUCUGAUUAGACCCUACACCCAAACGAGGGCACUAGGUUCAUCCACCUCUGGCCUGCUAGCUCCCCUACCUCUACGGAAGCACAGUUCCCGCUCAGCCCAGUCAAAGCUAUUCGCUGCUCUGGCACCCCAAUGGUGGAACAAGCUCCCCCACAACGCCAGGACAGCGGAGUCACUGACCACCUUCCGGAGACACUUGAAACCCUACCUCUUUAAGGAAUACCUGGAAUAGUAUAAAGUAAUCCCCCCACUGGCUAUCAUAAGUUGAAUGCACCAAUUUGUAAGUCGUAAAUGUAAAUGUGUUGUGACAAGGAAGGGGGGGUAUACAGAAGAUAGCCCUAUUUGGUAAAAGACCAAGUCCAUAUUAUGGCAAGAACAGCUGAAAUAAGCAAAGAGAAACGACAGUCCAUCAUUACUUUAAGACAUGAAGAUCAGUCAAUACGGAAAAUUUCAAGAACUUUGAACGUUUCUUCAAGUGCAGUCGCAAAAACCAUCAAGUGCUAUGAUGAAACUGGCUCUCAUGAGGACCACCACAGGAAUGGAAAACCCAGAGUUACCUCUGCUGCAGAGGAUAAGUUCAUUAGAGUUACCAGCCUCAGAAAUUGCAGCCCAAAUAAAUGCUUCACAGAGUUCAAGUAACAGACACAUCUUAACAUCAACUGUUCAGAGGAGACUGUGUGAAUCAGGCCUUCAUGGUCAAAUUGCUGCAAAAAAUCCACUACUAAAGGACACCAAUAAUAAGAAGAGACUUGCUUGGGACAAGAAACACAAGCAAUGGACAUUAGACUGGUGGAAAUGUGUCCUUUGGUCUGGAGUCCAAAUUUGAGAUUUUUGGUUCCAACCGCCGUGUCUUUGUGAGACGCGGUGUGGGUGAACGGAUGAUCUCCGCAUGUAUAUUUCCAACCGUAAAGCAUGGAGGAGGAGGUGUUAUGGGGUGGGGGUGCUUUGCUGGUGACACUGUCUGUGAUUUAUUUAGAAUUCAAGGCACACUUAACCAGCAUGGCUACCACAGCAUUCUGCAGCGAUACGCCAUCCCAACAAGUGCUCAGCAUAUGUGGGAACUCCUUCAAGACUGUUGGAAAAGCAUUCCAGGUGAAGCUGGUUGAGAGAAUGCCAAGAGUGUGCAAAGGCAAAGGGUGGCUAUUUGAAGAAUCUCAAAUAUAAAAUAUAUUUUGAUUUGUUUAGCACUUUUUUGGUUACUACAUGAUUCCAUAUGUGUUAUUAAAUAGUUUUGAUGUCUUCACUAUUAUUCUACAAUGUAGAAAAUAGUUAAAAUAAAGACAAACCUUUGAAUGAAUAGCUGUUCUAAAACUAUUGACCAGUUAUGUAUGUAAAUAAGGUAUUUCUGUUUUUUAUUUUGAAUACAUUUGUAAACCUUUCUAAAAACCUGUUUUCACUUUGUCAUUAUUUACAUUUUACAUUUUAGUCAUUUAGCAGAUGCUCUUACCCAGAGCGACUUACAGUUAGUGAGUGCAUUCUUUUUUUUUUGCAUACUGGCCCCCCGUGGGAAUCGAACCCACAACCCUGGCGUUGCAAGCGCCAUGCUCUACCAACUGAGCUACACAGGGCCAUUAUGGGGUAUUGUGUGUUGAUUGAUGAGGAUUUGUAUUUAUUUGAUCCAUUUUAGAAUAAGGCUGUAAUGUAACAAAAUGUGGAAAAAGGGAAGGGGUCAGAAUACUUUCCGAAUGCACUGUACAAUCUUCACACACUCUCAAAAACCUUGACCAUCUUUGUCAUAUUUCCCAACAUGCUCUAUUGCAGGUAAAUUUUUUAAAUUUAUUUUUUCAAUGUGUUCUUUGCAUGCACAUUGAUUGAUUGAUCUUAAGCUACACAAAGGUAAAUAACAUACGUUUUUCUAAACUAAUCCAAUCUCUUAGUGGUUGGAUUUAUUGCACCUGUUAUUGACAUGGUUGUUCCUGUUUAGAUGAUUUAGGUAGUCAUACAUUUUCUAUACCUGGGCAGUCAUUCAAAAUGCAGGCUGCGGGUGAUUUAAAAGUUCACAUUUUGGGAUAUCUGAACUCUGCCUAGGUAUAGAAAAUGUAUGACUACCUAAAUCUGGAUUCCAAUAGUAAUAAAAUUACUUUGCAAGCCAUCAUAAUGUGACUUGCUCGAUGUGGCCUGCUAACCAUGAGUUUCAGACCACUGUGUUCGGGGUUAAACUAGGCUGUAAAAGGAUGGCCUUAAGAUAUAUUGUCAUCAAGAAUUUAAUUUCAAUUAUAAAAUAUUCACUUAGGCACUCACUUGAAGGCUACAGGACUGAAAGCCAUUGAAUGCAACAACCAUGUCUCUGUCACUAGCAAACACAGUCAUGGGUGGUACUGGUAACUCUGAAAUUCACUUGAAAGGUACCCUGGGAAAUAUGUAAAUAAGGCUUUACACCCUACAGUGUUAAAACAACACCCCAAAACCUUUUUAGAGGAACAUUUUUGCCUCUUUAAAGGAACAAACUGCUUUGUCACUGUGGUGGUACCCUAAAAGGGCAAAUGUGUACCUUUUCCAAAAGUACAGGUACAAAAGCAUACCAUCUUGUCCCCUAAGGUACACUAUCGGCUCUUUUGAGGUACGAACUGCAAGGGUACAAUUAUGUACCUAUAACUAAAGGUACAAAGGAAGUACCUUACAUGGUACCACUACAGUGACAAGCAUUUGUAUCCCUUUAAGAACACAUCUAAACCUUUAUUUUUGAGUGUAUAAGGUAUAUUUAUACUGAGUGUACAAAACAUUAACAACAUCUGCUCUUUCUAUGGCAUAGACUGACCAGGUGUAGCCAGGUGAAAGCUAUGAUCCCUUAUUGAUGUCACUUGUUAAAUCCACUUCAAUCAGUGUAGGUGAAGGGGAGAAGAGGUUAAAGAAGGAUUUUUAAGCAAGGUGCAACUCAAUAUUAGGAAGGUGUUCUUAAUGAUUUGUACACUCAGUGUAUAUACCUGGUAUAAGGGAGAGGUGGUAGAGCAAUGAAGAGUAUAGUCAUAGUUUCUCUCCAAUGAAGCCUGAGAGGGGCAGAGCAGAAGCAGAGCAGUAAAGACACUGUUUGGCAGCAGCAGUGCCCACUGAACAUCUGCCAAGAAUUAGUGACCCUGCAGAAAUCCGCUGUGCAGUGCCAGGCGUUGGCAUCGAGGAGAGGGAGAGAGAUGAGAGAGGGAGCAAGGGAGAUGGAGGAAAGGAUAGAGGGGGAGCAAUGGGGAGAGAGGAAAAGAGAGAGACAGUGAGAGGGUCAUGCAGGGGAAACUGAGAAUUGGGGGUGGCAGGGGGGAGUAGCUGUGUGAGGAGAGAGAUGGCGAGAGAGAGAAAGAGGGUUGUUUGUGGGAGAGGGAGAGGUAUUUGAAGUGGGUGCCAAUAGCCUGAUGGAACUGUUUUGUUUGUUUGUUGGGAGGUGCUCAGAUAGCAAAGUGUUGAAAAACAGCCUCUCAGUUUCACCUUCAAUGUUUAUACAUAGAUGUCCUCUCUCUCUCCAUUUCCCGCCAAAACAUCUCACCUCUUUUCACCUUCAUUUAAAUAUUCAGUUUCCUUUUCUUUUUUUCAUGAAUCACUACUACACCCUCCCCCUCUGCCCUAUUUCGACAUCCUGGUGGAGGAAAGAGAGGAGAGUGUCCUUUCCUGCCCUCAAAACCACCUCUUCUUCUCCCACCCCAUCCCCCUCUCCUCAGCCAGUCUCAGUGGCCUGUCCUCCCAUUUGAGUCUAUGGUACUGCCCCUGCCUGCUCUCCUGACUGUGCUGCCACUCUGUCGCCCCCUGCCUGUAGAUGCUGCAGCCUCAGUUCAAGCCCCACACUAUCCAGCAGGUGCUGCUGCGGCUGUUCCAGGUGAUCCCAGGCCGCUCCCCCUACGGCUCUUGGGACCCCGCCCGCUGCCUGCGCUGUGCAGUGGUGGGGAACUCAGGCAACCUCCGUGGGGCCGGGUACGGGCCCACCAUAGAUGGCCACAACUACAUCAUGAGGUGAGGAAGGGAAGGAGGGUGGGGGGGGGGUAAGAGAGAGAGGAUGUUUGUUUUCUAAAGCUGUUUAUUAGCUAUUAAGUUGUAUUAUACAGUGUAUUAUACUGCAUUGUAAGCUAUUGAAGGCUUUCGUAUCUCUGCAGAACACUGUGUACCCUUAUGGUUGGUGGGUGGGGAGGGGGUGUAGGGUGUCCUCAACAAUGGGUUCUGCUGAUGUCUUGAAUCAGAUUAUGUUUGAUGAAAUCGUCCCUCCUCAUUGGCUGGAUGAUUGGUCAUGUGACCAGCAGCUCUCCCUAGGCUGCGGCUUUGUGUCUUAAGAAGAUAAAAGCAGCAAAACAUAUAGAUUCUAACGGUAAUGCACUAAAUCCUACGGAUCCAAUCCCUCUCACUGUCUGUCUGCAAACACAGACAGACACAUACGUAGCAUAUACUCAAACAAACAGCACACAUGCACAGCCAUGCAUACAGUACACUAUGCAAUUACACACACACAUAACGCAUACACAACCCAUGGACAGGGAUGAAAACAAUCAGUGACAAUAUCUAAGCAUGGGAGUGGGUUUGUGUAUGAGAGCGGGGGGAGAGAGAGUGUUUUUAAUGAAAGUAGAAUGUGUGUGGGUGGAUAAAUAACAGUAAUGAAACCCAGCAUAGCAUCCAGGGAUCAGCAGCCAUUUGCUGCUCUCAGAAGCCUGCCUGCGUGGGCCCAAUCAGCUACUACUCUGUCUUCAUGGUGUCUGUCUGUCUGUCUGUCGUUCUUCCCUAAUGUCUUGAUAUCCCUCUGUCCGUGUCUGUCUGUCUUUGGAGCUGCUUCCAGCAUGGUCUGAUUCCCUGUGUCUGUCCUGUCUGUGUGUCCUUCAGGAUCAACCUGGCCCCCACUGUGGGCUAUGAGGAGGAUGCAGGCAGCCACACCACCCACCACUUCAUGUACCCAGAGAGUGCCAAGAACCUGGCAGCCAAUGUCAGCUUCGUCCUGGUGCCGUUCAAGACCCUGGACCUGCUGUGGAUCACCAGCGCACUCUCCACUGGACAGAUCCGCUUGUAAGAGCAAUGCUCACGCACACACAUGCACGCACGCAUGGAUACAAACACACACACACACACACACACACACACACAUUCACACUCAAUCCAGCUCCAUUUAUAUUGCUUUAAGACACACACACACACCUUUUCACACUAGCACAUUUUGUUAAUGUUCAAAGUGACCUGCUGCUUCACAACUUCACAAGCACGUUGCCACUCUCUCUCUCUCUCUCUCAUCCCAUUCCAGGUCAGAGAACAUCAUCAACAGAGCACUCUCUCUGUGGAAAAACGGGAACAACGUGCCAUCUGUGAAUUAUUCAAUCACUUAAAAGCAAUUUAGAAAGUAAAGGAUAAAAGAGUGUUAAAUCUCUCUCUCUCUCUCUCUCUCAGUACCUACGCCCCUGUGAAGCAGUUUCUACGGGUGGACAAAGACAAGGUACUAAAUCUAUCAUCAUAAUCUUUCCCUUCAAUCUCUUAUAUGUAUCAGUCAAUGGUACUUUUCAACGGAACACAAUUGUAGCUGAAGAACCCUUUUAGGUUCUAGAUAGAAUAAAAUGUGCUAAGAGUGUAGCUGUGCUGUUGAGGAACUAGAGCAAGAACACUUGUAGUUAUUUUGUUUGGAACACAACCCUGCAUCCCUGACAUCACACAAUUACUGUUGUUGUUUACGCAAUCCAAAAACAGUCCAUUAUGAAUCGCAAUCUGGGUCAGGUGGGCAUAAUUUAAAAGCUUAUUCUAUAGCCAGUAUGACUAGCUAAGUUAUACAAUACGAUAGAUAGUGCAGUGUUAGGCUUUCACAAUGCAAUUCAUGGAAACGGAUCAUAAUGUGGUGAGCAUAGAAAGGAGUGCAUUCAGGUGCGUGUGUCGCGCCAAUCCUCUUCACAGUAGACAAACGGGCUCAUUCUGUUCAGAACAACCCAAGGUAUGACGCCAUGUCAUCUUGUAAGUGUACAUCAAACAUAGUGAUCAUAAACGUUGACACUGUAUAUGACAUGAGUUUUAUGAUAUGGAAAUGUGAAGUGCAUAUUUGGACUGACAGGUGUUUGGCUUGUUUGUAUGACAUCAAAGUAGUAUUUAUAAUCCUCAACAUCUCAUCUUUCAAAAUACAUAGAGUCCUCUUAAUUUACAGCAUUUCCCUCACUCAGUCAACAAAAAAUUUGCAAAAGUCUGCUUAAGACCUGUUUCUUAAGACCUGCCCAAAAGAGAAAAAAAAUGUCUCUGUUAAAAUGUAGAUGCCCCAAUGGCGGGUCAUUGCCAGCUAUUUUUGUUCAUCGAGUUCCGGCUAUUUCAGUGUUAAACGGCCAUAUAGCACUGCACAUAUGCUUUUGGUUCAAGUGCAAGUUGUCAAAUUUGACGAUUACUUGUGAUUUAUCAGGUCUUUGUUAAUGGCUGCAGUUAUGAAGCUUAGGAAAUAUGUAACUGAAAUUGUUCAAGCAAGAAAUUCAUGCAAUACAAUUGAUUCUGUAGAUGCUCUGUUUUUCAUUAAAAUAAAUGUUCUACUUUGUAUUGUAUACUUCUUAUUUUACCAUUGCAUGUUUUAGGUAAUUUCUUGCCAUUGGUGGAGCUUCAGGUACUGUCUACUAAUGUAGCCAGCUUCUGGGGAGAAACAAGUCAUUUAUAAAUGUUUCUAAAGUAUAUAUAUUUAGUAAAUGUUUUUUAAGGAUCUACAUUAAUCAACAACUGAGGAAGUAAGUGCAUGUACUAACAUUUACAGAUGCACUCAUAUAACAAUUGAUAAAUAUCCCAUUCAUGACAUAUAUAAAUACCUUAUAAAUAAUCUUAUGAAUUGACAAUAACUCCUUUAUAACUGGUACAUUAUUAGUACAUUAUUCAUCAUUUACAAAUUGUGAACAUACUAUGAUCAAACACCUUAUUAAUUAUCUUAGAAAUCAUUAAUAAAUCAUUACAAAUGUAUAAAUGUGUAAAUGGCUAUUUAGAGAUUUCUUAUUGACAUUUACAAAUGUAGGAAGAAUUAUUAAUAAAUGGUAAGUAAACUCUUUACAAACUUUUUAUCUCCACAGGUUCAGAUUUUCAACCCAGCCUUCUUCAAGUACAUCCAUGACCGCUGGACCAAGCACCAUGGACGCUACCCCUCCACAGGCAUGCUGGUCCUGUUCUUCACUCUGCACGUGUGUGACGAGGUGAGGUGCUCACAAACACACACACACACGUCUUUCGAUCUGUUAAGAUGAAUAUGAUUUGUUGGUCUAUCUGUAAUGUUUGGAAACUUUGGUCUUGUUUUCCAGGUGAAUGUGUUUGGCUUUGGCGCUGACAGUCGAGGCAACUGGCACCACUAUUGGGAGGAGAACCGCUACUCUGGAGAGUUCCGGAAAACAGGGGUACAUGACGCAGACUACGAGGCCCAGAUCAUUGACUCUCUGGCGAAGGCCGGAAAGAUCACAGUUUUCCCUGGAAAGUGAGGAGAGCUGGAGGUGUGGUGGGCUGGACAGGACAGGCUUACAGGAACAUUAGAGUACUCAUCACCACCAGACUUCUUUACGUGCUUAGUUAUCUGUUUCUUUGUGCUUUGCAUAGAGAGGGUUCCAAAACACUAGAUCAUACGUUGCCUGAUGACCCUGUUCCCAUUGUGCAGUAGGGUAAGAUGCUGGUAGUUGUGAGUGAAACUACAUGUGACUACACACUCUGCCCCCAACAGGCCUACCUCCAUAGCCCAAAGCCCUGAAGAGAAAGGGACGGUCAGAACUAUAGGGCUCCUGUAGUGGGGGCAGAGAGGUCUGGCCUAGCCACUGUAUGGACCUGUGAACCAGUCCCAUCCACAAUCCCACCUCCUGCUCAUCCACAGGGGGUUGAGUCAUCACAUGCCUUAGGGGUCUCACACCCAGACUCCGCCCCAUCCCACUCUGUAGCCCCCACCCUAAAUGUCAUGGCAACCAGUGACGGACACUGAUCUAUCCAUGCCAUGUCCACACCCACCUGUAGAGCUACUGCUAAAGCUCCCUCGCCCCUCGGAGCUGGGAGGACUAGGUAGUUGAAGUUUACGUGGUUGGAAUCCCAGAGGCUACUUCAAAAUAAGAGUUACUGUUGUAAUUAUAUGACUAUCAUGUUGAAGGUAUGUACGGCCCACAGGGAUUUGAUCACAUAUACAGUAUUAACCGUUUUAUUUGUUUUAACUAUUUUAAGUGACUAAUCAUCCUACUAAUUAGGUAGAUUGGGGAGAGGCUUACACAUGGUCAAAAACAACAUAAGCAGACAUAGAGAGAUAAGACUAACACCACUCACUCAUUAACAUACACACACACUCUCCCACACAUACACGAGUUCACACAAUGUUCUUGAUGAAUUAGAGCAAAUACCACUAAGUAUUGGACUGAGUAAAAAGAGCUCACACUAAGAUGACCUGC